GUCAUUUCCUGGUCAUUGCCCCUCUUUGCCCGUCUUGUGCUUUCCUUUUUUCCAGCCCCUGAAGAGAGAAGGCACCUUAGCGCCUAACUCUGGAAAUGGCAUGUUGGUUCUGAUGAGCUGAGGCCAGCUUUGAGUUUGGAAGGAAAAAUGGGUGUGUUAGUGAUGGAGUAAAGAACUUUGAGUGCAAAGGCUGGAAAGGAUAACAGAGUUAGAGGUGUUCGGAAGAGGGACAGGUGAAAAAAGAUUGAGGCCAAAUUGAGGAAAGAUGUGCUGAGUCACUGACAAAAAAUUUUACUACACACAGCAAUUGGAAGCAGUAAUACCUGAGCAGUUGGUCACAAAGUCGACCUGACUUGAUCUGGCAAGAGCAAAGCUGCAGGAAAAUGGACAGUGAGGUACAGAGAGAUGGAAGGAUCUUGGAUUUGAUUGAUGAUGCUUGGCGAGAGGACAAGCUGCCUUAUGAAGAUGUUGCAAUACCACUGAAUGAGCUUCCUGAACCUGAACAGGACAAUGGCGGCACCACAGAAUCUGUUAAAGAACAAGAAAUGAAGUGGACUGACUUGGCCUUACAGUAUCUCCAUGAGAAUGUACCCCCCAUAGGAAACUGACGCCUGGCUCCUUGUUCAUGGACGGAUUUUUUUUUUUUAAUACAUAACAAAAUGUUUUCUGUCAGUGUCCGAAUUCAUAUCUUUUAGUCGUAGAUCAACACUCAAAAAUGUACAUUGGCUUAUUUUGUGGCAGCAAAAUGCAAUGUGAAAAUACUCCCCAGAAUGAGAAGCUGAUUGAGAUUUCUCAGGAAUGCAGCAUGUCUGACUCUUUGAACCUAAAGUUCUUCAUUGACUAGCUUGUGUUUGAACAUGAUUCAUUAAACAUUUGCCUUUAACUCUG